AUGGCUAGAUCCGCUACCACUAAGAGAGCUGUGAAGCGCACUGCGUCCAAGACGAAGAAGAGAGUCACAAAGAAGAAGGUCUCUGCUGCUCGCCCUGCCAAGAAGUCCGUGAAGGCCUCCAUUCGCAAGAGUGGAAAGACCGCUGCUAAACCAGCUGCUGCUGCCCAGGCUUCGUCCAGGUCAGUAAGACUAGGGGUUUGCGUAUCCGCUGAGGCGGUCGGCGACAUUGCUAGAGAUUCACUGAGUCAGAAAACUCUCGUUUGGUUCCCCCUCGGUGGACUGGUUUGGUACUAG